AUGCUGAAAUUGGGUGAAUUCCAUCAAGCUGAAGAUAUCUUUGGUACACAACUCAAUUUCGAAAAUGAAAAAACUUGGUGCAGUCAAGCUCAUCUCAAUCAUCAACUUGGAUAUGUGUAUAGUCAUAAGGGUGACUAUACGACUGCUUUAUCACAUUACAAAAAAGCACUUGAAAUGGAACAGAACUAUGUUGCCGAAGAUGAUUCGUCAUUGGCUACUACCUACAAAAAUAUUGCUGGGGUGCAUCAUUCAAUGGGUAAAUAUUCAUCAGCUCUAUCUUUUUAUAGAAAAGCUCUUCAUGCCGAUCAUCCUUUGUUAGAUACUACAUACAAUAACCUUGGAUCAGUUCAUAGUUCAAUGGGUGAUUAUGUGGCUGCACUUGACUUCUACAAAACAACAUUUACAAUGCGAGAAAAGUCUCUCCUUCCCAAUCAUCCAGAUUUUGGUACAAUUAAUAAUAAUAUCGGAACAGCCUAUAGUUCAUUGGGCGACGAUCGAACUGCACUUUCAUAUUAUUAA